CGCAGAAUCAAGGGAGGGAGUGCCUAAAUUUGAUUAUUCCAUUUCAAUUUAUUUAAUUUUUGAGGUAAUUUCUAACUAAUUUUCUGUUUAUUUAUCAAAAAAAUUCAACCUUUUCUGUUUAUUUAAAUGUGUUCAUGUAUGCGCCUUUUGAGCUAAACCCCACUUCUCAAGAACACCUCAUAGAUUUAUCCUUUAAGAUUUAGCUUCUGUGUUUGUUUUUUUGUUUCCCAAUAAAUUUGAGUUGUUAUUGAUUUUUUUUUUCAUAGCUUGUUCUCAUUUUAAAUUGCUGUUUUUUUUUAUUUUAAAAUUUAGCAAUUAUGUAUUUGAAGGAGGGUUGUUCUUUGUUGUUAAAAAAAAUGCAUAAGCCUUCAAUCCCUUUUGUCCUUAGCACAAACCCAGUUCUUGAUUUUCGGCCGCAGAAUGAUAAAGCUGCGAUCUUUAUUCAAGAAUCCGAAGUCUUGAAAAGAUUGAAAAAUGAAAAUGACAUCACUGUAGCAUUGGAUUAUUUCAAAUCAAUAUCCAAUUCAUGCUCUUUUAAGCACACCCCUUCGACGUACGGAACCAUGAUCGAAAAACUCGGUCACAACGGUGAAAUGGAUUCCGUGCAGUACCUUUUGCAGCAGAUGAAAUUGGAAGGCGUAAAUUGUUCGGAAGAUUUAUUCAUUAGUAUAAUUAAGUCCUAUAGUCAGUGUGGGACGUCGGAGCAAGCGUUGAAAACGUUUUAUAGGAUCCGUGAAUUUGGCUGUGUGCCGACGGUUAAGAUGUAUAACCAUUUAUUGGAUGCAUUGCUUAGUGAGAAUAGGUUUUCUAUGAUCAAUCCUAUAUACGGUAAUAUGAAGAAAGAUGGGUUGGAGCCGAACGUGUAUACGUAUAAUAUUCUGUUGAAGGCCCUUUGUAAGAACAAUAGUUUGAGUGGGGCCCGCAAGUUGCUUGAGGAGAUGUCGAAUAAGGGGUGUGAGCCUGAUAGUGUGAGCUGUACAACUAUUGUUUCGUUUUUGUGUAAAUACGGUGAGGUGGAAGAGGCAAGAGAUUUGAUGUCCAAAUUUGCCCCUAGUGUGCCUGUUUAUAAUGCGUUGAUUAAUGGAUAUUGUCGAGGGGGGAAAAUCAAGAAAGCGUUCGAUUUGAUGGAUGAGAUGAAUGAAAGGAGAAUUGCUCCGAAUGUUAUUACAUACACUACGAUUUUGAAUUUUCUGUCUGGUUCGGGUAAUAUUGAGCUGUCUCUCGCGAUCUUGGCUAAAAUGUUCGUGCGAGGAUGUAAUCCAAACACCCACACGUUUACUUCGUUGAUAAAGGGGCUAUCUUUGAAAGGUAGAUUGAUCGAAGCACACGAUGUGUUUGUUCAAAUGUCCAAAGAUGGAAUUUUUCCGAAUGAAAUUACUUACAAUACACUUAUUCAUGGCCUCUGCUUAGCUGGCAAUAUGAAUGGUGCUUUGUCCGUUCUUGAUAAAAUGGAGGCAAAUAGAUGCAAUCCAAAUAUAACAACGUAUAGUACUCUAAUCGAUGGUUUUGCUAAAUCACGGGAUUUGGUUGGUGCAUCUGAAAUAUGGAACAAGAUGGUAUCUUUUAAUUGUCGUCCAAACGUUGUAGCGUAUACAUGCAUGAUAGACGCACUAUGUGGGAAUUCUUUAUUCGAAGAAGCGUAUAAUCUUAUCGAAACUAUGGUGUCGGAAAAGUGCCCGCCAAAUACAGUUACAUUCAAUGUCUUUAUCAAAGGUUUGUGUCUUAAAGGCAGAGUCGAAUGGGCUGUGGAGUUGUUCGAUGAAAUGGAGAAACACGGGUGCGGGCCCGAUGUUACUACGUAUAACGAGUUGUUGGACGGUUUGUAUAAAUCGAAAAACAAUAGACUUGCAUUUGAGCUUGUGUGUGAAAUGGAGAAACGAGGUGUAAAGUUUAACUUAGUGACGUACAAUACGAUUAUACACGGUUUAUGUUCGUGUGGUGAGCUUAACGAGGCACAUAAGCUCGUGGGGAGGAUGAUAAUAAAGGGGAUAAAGAUUGAUGCUUUUACAUUAAAUACGCUAAUCCAUGCGUAUUGUAAGUAUGGUAAGAUUGAAUGCGCCACUCGGUUAUUGGAAUCGAUGAGAGAGAAAAGGUUGUGUCCUGAUAUAGUUGCUUACACUAGUCUUAUAUGUGGGAUAAGUGAGCAGAUUGAUUUGGAAGCAGCUAAUUUUUAUCUUGAAAGAAUGAUAAGUGAUGGGAUAUUACCGAAUAUUUCGUUGUGGAAUUUUUUAGUUCGGAAUUUUGUUAGCAAGAUUGGAAUUUUCGGAGCAGUGGAUCGUAUGAAUGGUGUGUUGGCUAGUUUAUCCGAUGCAGAAGUUCAAAAGAAUCUCGGCCCUUGAUCUGCCUUGGAAGAAAUUCAGAUCAACGGUGUAAUACACAUUCAGAUAGAUUCAUUGAGUAAGCGUCUCCUCAAUUUUAUUGAAAAUAAUUCG